GGGAUAACUACCACCCCCAACCAACCCCAUUGAAACUAGUAAAUCAACAGCUGAUUUUAGAAAGAAAACUAACUGAAUAUCAAACAAUUUAAGUUUUUUGUAGUUUUUCCAUUAAUUUUCUCUACAUAAUGGAUGCCAAUAUAGAAAAUCCAUUGAUAGAGAAGAAGACCAUAUCACCUGGCAAACAAUUUAUCCCUCUAAAACCAGGAACAAGGGUUAAGUUUCACUUUCAAACCAAAAAAGUUGAUGGAACUCUUUUGGAUGAUAGCCGACAAAUGGGCAAUCCCAUGGAGCUGGUAUUGGGCAAAAAAUUCAAAUUAGAAGUAUGGGAGGUAAUAGUACAGAAAAUGGCUUUACAUGAAGUGGCGCAGUUUACGGUAAACAAAAAGCUGGUGGCUCAAUACCCCUUCAUAUCCAAGACAUUGCGAGAUGUAGGCAAAAAAGUUGAAGAACGUCGCCAUUGUUGUGGCAUGACACUACAAAAUGAGGGUUUAGGCUACAAAGAUUUAGAUGACUUACUUACCAAACCUAGCGAUCUGAUCUUUACCAUUGAUCUGCUAUCCAUCGAAAUGCCAGAUGAUUAUAAAAAAGACAAUUGGCAAUUGUCCGAUGAGGAACGACUAAAGACUGCCCUAAAGCUACGCGAUGAGGGAAAUCAGCUGUACAAAGAAAAGGAAUUUGUUAAAGCUGAAGAGUGCUAUCGUCAAGCCGUGGGUCUGAUAGAGCAACUCAUGACAAAAGAAAAACCCCACGAUGUGGAAUGGCUUGAAUUGGCUACCCACAAAGUCCCAGUUCUUUUGAAUUACGCACAAUGCCGACUACUGGCUCAAGAUUAUUAUGCUGUCAUUGAGCACUGCACAGAAGUUUUACAAUUAGAUCCACAAAAUGUUAAGGCUCUGUUUCGUAGAGCCAAAGCACAUUUUGGUGCCUGGAAUCCUGAGGAGGCCCGCCAAGACUUUGAGAAGGCUCUUGAAUUGGAUCCCACGCUACAGGUCACAGUUAACAAGGAACUAAAAGCCAUAGAUAAGACCCAGCAUGAACGAGACCUGGAAGACAAAAAGCGUCUACAAGCACUUUUUUAGUUGUAGCCACAAAAAAGAUAAACAAAACAUUACUUUAGACGUAUAAUUUAAUUUAUAUUUGAAGUCAAAGAAAAAAAUCUAGUUUUUGUAGAUAUUAUUAUAAUAAAUGUACUUAAAUAGCAUCAAAAUUAACACGAAACAUACAAAGAGAGACCAAACAUAGUGGAUUGAUUAUACGAUAAACGACACUUAACGUAAAAUAAAAUCGUAAAAAAUUAAAAUGGCUCAACUUGUAGCCUAUAGUAUCA